GAAAGGGGAACUUGGGCUGUGCCUGUGCUGUGGGAUGCAGUGGGAGUGUGACAGAACCUUAUUGUGUGGAGAGUGGAGUCUGGUGGGAUUCCUGGGGAGAACUGUAUCAGAGAGUGGUGAGGAGGACUUCAGUAUCUAAGGGACACUGUGUGACUUUGGAAAAGAGGUCUUAGGGUGUCCUAGCCUAGUAGUGUGAUCUUAGGCUUCUGGGGACUUGCUAUGUUCAAGAUAACUCCUGAUAAUACUAGGUAUAUGGCAUGAUUUCCAUGUUUUCCUGUUGCAAAAGCUGACUUACGUGUACUUUGGGACAUAGGAAGGUUCCAGUAAACGCUGGUUCAGCUGCCCAAAGUAGGAUAAGGAUUUUGGAUAUCCCUCACCCUAGAAAACACUGAGCGAGAGGUUAGUGCCAAUGGGACUUUUUGUAAAGUGAGUAGUUGGUGCAGUAUGUCACGAGGGGGCUUAUUUCUCUCUGUGGAGGUGGUAGGCAAGCUCUCGGGGUGAUAAAGAGAAAAGAGACAUGUAAUAAAACAAGCAAUAAGGGAGAUAAUUAGAAGUAGCAUACCUUCUGUUAUUCUUUCUGCGGGGGAGGGUGGAGACAGAACACGAGACACACGGCGGUGCGGGGUUAGGAAGGAGACACGAGACACACGGCUGUCACACGUGGGUGCACUUUAAUGGAGGGGGGUUACGACAGGUGAGGGACGGGGGUGAAGAGACAAAAGGAAAGAGAGAGAGCGCGACUUGUGGCGACCCCCUGUUUUUAAUGGGGACGCAGGUGCGUCUGGGAGAAUGUCCUGCGCAUGUGCGGCUUUCCAUUGGGCUGCUGGGAUUUGUAGUCCAGAAGGAUCCUGCGCAUACGUGGCUUUCCAUUGCGCUGGGAUUCCUAGUCCAGGGGAAUGCUGGGAACUGUAGUCUCCAAAAGGAACAACACCUUCCACCAGGAGGUAGAAACGAGCCAUGAUGGGUGUGGGGACCAAGUGAAGAGGAAGUGGGGGAGGGUUGCAGAAGGGAAGUGUCUGGGCAAGUGUUGUCAGGGAGUCGGUUGAGUGCAGAAGAUUGUCUCAGGUUUAUUCUGGAUUUACCAAUCAUGUCGUGGUACCCUCAAAACUCCAUGGUCCAUAUUCAGCUACAAUUUUAAUAACAAAGUUGAUUUCUAUUUGUUUGUUUUUUCCCAAUUGAACUUUUUAUUGAUUAUUUGUGGAUUUCUGUCGGAGCCCAUGAGGGUCCAACACCGAUUCCCUAACCCGUUUGGAACGGAGUCGCGAGGAAUAAAGCUGACACAGCUUACACGGUCAUCAUGGAAAAAGCCAGCUGAUCCUUUAUUCUCCAAACAUCUUAUAUACCCCCACCAAAUGAGCAGGAACCCACAAAGGCUGUUACCUAGGUAACCAUGUGCCUGGGCCCAGGUCACUUCUGCAUCUGGCAGUCAGGUAGGCCCUGAAUUAGCAUCCAAAUUACAAAAGGAAGGAAGCACCAAACAUCUAAACUCCAAAGUCAUCAGCUUCAGUCAAACAUCUCUUAUCAGGUAAUUCACAUUUUAACAAAAGAAGCUAGGAGCAGGCAUCCUGGCUUUUGUUAAGGGCAGAGACAGCUUGUCUGCAGAGCUAUGUGAUCCGCUCAAACCAGGCUAAUGGCUUUUGUGCCAUAUCGAAAUAUGGGCCCACAGAUUUCACGUCAUGUAUAUUGAUCCCAUUCAUUUCCCUGUCCAUUCUUUACUCCCCUCUACCCUUGCAACUGCCCCACCAGAAUAAAACAAGAUAGAAUUUAAAGGAUAAGAAAAUUAAAAAAAAAAUAAAAGAUCAAUCUCCUAGUGGAAUUUGUAGUGUGGCAAAGUGAGUCAUAUAAUCACUGAAUAAAUAUAUUAGUACUUGAAAGGGUUCAUUGCAAUGAGUCAUUUACUCUGGUUUCGAGGCCUCUGAGUAUUGCUACACUGUCAAUAUUGGGCCUUCACUGGGGCUCCUCUUGGGCAACCUGUUGCUGUCCUGUACCAUGGAAAUCCUGCAACUUUAGGUCUGUAAGACCCCUUCACAUGCUCCAGCCGAUCAUAGGUGUGAAUGAUGGGAUGGGCAACUCAAAGUCCUGGUUCAGGGCCUGAGUGGUUGCUGGGUUAUUUAGCCUACCAGAUCCUCCUCCUCCUGAACACUAGGGUGACCUCUCCAGCUCUGUCCUGCCUAGCUCACCCUAUAUAGUAAGCAUAUAGGGACUGGGCCCUCUGUCAAUCUCUCAUGUUCCUUAGGCUGACUUGCCAACACCAACAUCACCAGAGACAGCUCUACUGGCUGCCCAGGCAAACUGUAGGAACCACUCUUCCAUGUGCUGCAGCCAGUGAGGGGCAGGACCAGCUCUUCCACUAUCAUGAACCAGAGGCCAUUUCUCUUGCCUGCUGCAGGCAGCAAGGGAUGACGGCUGUUCUAGCAAAUAAAUAUUCCUUUCAAUGAGUCAUUGAUCUGGUUCAAGACCUCUGGUUUCUGGUACACCAUCAUCACUACAACCUCACUGAAAUUCCUUUGGAAUAUUCUGCAGCAGCCUCGAGUCAUGGAGAUCAUGGGAAUCUGAGGUGACACAACCACAGACAUCAACACAAAUCCCAGAUGUAGCUGGACCACAGAGCCAGCCAUGAUCCUUGGCAGCAAUGGGGUCUGGAUGUCAACAUUGCCCCAGGUGGCAGGCAGUGCAGUCCGCUCAGAUCAGAUCACCCCCAGCAGUGGCGAGCCCUCAGAUGCUAACAUGGUCCCAUACCUCAGAAGAACAUAUUCUGCACUGUGACCUCACAGUCUUGUCUCCAAAGCAGUCUGAGCAACCACAAUCUAUGGUCAUGUUAUACUUCAAUAAUAAGCCCUUCCAACACGAUUGUGGAGACAGGAAAAGAGAAAAGUCCCAGAGACAUUGGAUAAAGGGACAAGACGGAGCUGAAAUCUGGGCAACACAGACCAAGGACAUGCAGGAGAAGGAGGAGCAACUCAGGAGGAUGCUGGCUAAGAUCAUGACCCAGAAGGACCACAGUGGAGGCAUUCACACCCUUCAGGAAACUUUCGGCUGUGAAAUCCAAGGAAAUGAUACAAGAAGCUUCUGGCGCUUGGGUUAUGAUGGGCAAAACUUACUCCAUUUGGACCAGAAAACCCUCACAUGGAAAGCAUCAGUGCCUUCAGCACACACGAUCAAGACAAUCUGGGAGAGUCAUGGCCCCACGCUGGAUGAAGUUAAGGCUUUUCUGUAUCACUUAUGUCCUGACCAUCUCCAGAGGUGUUUGACUUAUUCGAGGGGCCAAAUGAUGGAUAAAGGUCCCCCAAAGUUAAAGGUGACCAGAAGGAGAUACCCAGUGGGCAGGACCACUCUGACAUGCAAGGUUUUUAAUCUGUAUUCUCCUGUGGCCACCCUGACCUGGCUUCAGGAUGGGAAGCCAACACAGCAGCAAACUUUUGGGCCUGGGACCAUCCUGCCCAGCGGGGAUGGGACCUACCAGACCUGGCUGUCUAUUUGGAUUCUUCCUAGUCAGGAAUCAGAGUUCACCUGUUCCCUGAGGAACCACAACAAGAACAUUGAGGUCCCUGAUUUCUAUGGACAUCAAGACAAGACAAUCUCUGGGACCACAAGCUCUGCCUCUGCUCUGGUGGCUUCUGUUCUUUGUACCCUGUUGCUAUUGCUAGCCUGUUCCUUCUAGAGCAGCAAGAACACACAGGACAGCAAGAAAACAGGUUACUCCAUUGGAAGAACAUUUCCUAGUAAGCAGUGUUUCCCAAGCAGUGUUGCCUGGUUUGAGAGUGGAACUCCCUCUUGGGUGGUGUGCUCUAGAGAAGCCUAUGCCUCUGAGUGGACAACCUGAGGUACUGGUCAACUGGUUGACUGGUCUUGAAGAUGCCUGCAGGGUCUGGAUGCAGAGAACUUUCUAGGACCCCCUCAUUGCCCACAUCCUGCAAUAGUGUCACCGAAAGGAAAAGUUUGGCCAGGCCUUUGGGCUAUUAGCCAUGGUCCCAGGCAGUAUUGCAUUCGUGGGACCUUUGGAGAAAAUGAGCAAUUGUGACACAGACAUCAUUUUAUGUUUGGAUUCACUGCCUGUGUUAACCCUUCAUGUAUGUUAUUGACUGGGAGUUCCUUUAUUUAAGAGUGUGGGAGACACUUCAAAAUGAUCUGCAUCAAUUGUUUGUGCUGUAACUGUGUAAACUUCCUCUCCGUUCAUAAGAUCUUUUCUUAGUUCCAUAGCUUCCCUUCGCUAUGGCUCCUGUGAACCUUGAUGAAAUAUGUGAUUUUGAACAAUGGUUUCUCCUGGCAGUGCAUCAUGCUCUUUUUUAAAAAAUAAGGAAGGUUUUGAAGAACCCAGGAAUAUGAAAAAUUGUAUGUCUAUAGCCUGUACACAUAUUCUAGGGUUGAUAGCUGCCCUUUGCCAUACAUUCUUCCAGACACAGAAAAGCUAUGUAAACAUCUUGAACCAGCAUCCUGUAAUCAGAGGUUGUCAGUGCUGACUCUGAAGGUGCUCACCACAGCAGUUGUAAUUCUUUAACUCUGUGUACUUCCCAGAGGCUUAGGAGGUGCAAGUUCUGACUUCAGGAGUAGUACACUCUCCAACAGCCAUAAAUUAUGACCCCGGGAAUGCACUCCCUUACCCCGUGGUCUUUUACUAUAAAAAGACAUACGCAGUCCCUUCUCGGGGUCAUUGUCUGUGGCCCUAACUAGUGAGAAGUUUGUAUGCCCUGCAGUGAUGGAAUAAAGUUGCUUCUGUUCAUCUCAUUUUGGUGGUGGCCAUGUCCUCAAUAUCUGCACAGUUCCCAACUGCAGCAGUUUUUAGGUAUACUUUAACUAACAUUUCUGCAGUAGUCACUGCUGCACCUACUGCAGCUGUAUCCAUAAUAGUCCUGAUCCAACAAGUGCAAACUGCCUGUUUUGUUAAUCAGCUUGCUUAUAAUACUUUUGUGACUGUGACUUUGACAACACAAGAAUGUGCAGAUAAAAACGUAUAGCUUCAUUUCAAGCUUUAGAAGUUGUGAUAUUUCACCUAGUGAAUGAAGUACAAGCAACACAUCAGUUACCUCUUCUGUGUCCUGUUGGCUUCAGGUAUGUCUGUAUUAAUUCUUUAAGCUAUAAUGAACCCAGAUAAAAAUAAAAUUAAAUUAAAAUGA